AUGCAAACCAAAUUGCAACAGAGCAAAUUAGAAGAGGCAUCCAUGAUACUAAGAGGACUAUGGACAAGGAGAAAUAUGAUGAUUUUUGAAGGGAAAUUUGAGAGCCCAAGGAAAGUGCUUACUGCAGCAAUGACCUGUCUCAAAAACUUUCAAUGUGCUCGUGCUGAACUGAACCAGAUGAUGGGGCCUAAUGUUCAGAAAAGGAAGGACACCAGAUGGAAGCCACCAGAUGAGGGAGCUUCUAAGGUAAACUUUGAUGCGGCUAUAGAUAUGAACAAUUACAAAUUGGGAUUGGGUAUAGUGGCAAGGAAUCAUGUGGGAGAGGUUCUAUUUACCUUAAGUUCUUCUAAAUUGUUUAGUGGCAACUUUGAUACGGCAGAAGCAGCUGCUCUUUGGAGAGCUAUGGAGCUUGUUUUGGAGCUUGAUGUCAAGAAUGUGGUGUUUGAAGGAGAUGCUGACAGGGUGAUCAAAGGGGUAACAGAUGUAAGGGGCAACUAUGAUUGGAUGGAGCAGCAGUAUGCAAAUAUACGUGGCAGGUUCUUACUAAGGCCUGACUGGUCUGUGAGCUUCAUUCAUAGAGAAGGGAACUGUGUGGCUCAUGCAUUAGCUAAGAGAGCAUUGAGAAUGGAAGGGGAGUGGUGCUGGAUUGAGGAAGGACCUUCAGAGAUUACUAGUAUAAUUGCUAGAGAAAUGCCUUGUAGUAAUGAAGGGAAUUAA